AUGUCCUGGUUUUCUGAACUUGUUGAAAUGUGGAAUAUGGACUGGAAUAUCACAUGGUACACAGACAAUCCUGAUUUCACUCCCUGUUUUCAUAACACUGUCUUGCUGUGGGUGCCUUGUGCUUUCUUGUGGUUGUUUGCUCCCCUGGAGACACACUACCUCAUCAACAGCAAAGGGAGGUACAUCCCAUGGACGUGGAUCAAUAUUGUGAAACACCUACUGGUGUUUAUUUUGGUGUUGCUGAAUGCUGUGGAUCUUGCUUUUGCCAUUCACAUUGGACCUGGUGCUUCAGUUUAUUUUGUUACACCUACCAUAAAAAUGUUGACUUUGGACCUGAUUUGGGUCAAGGGCUACCCAGGAGAGCCUAUGCUGCCAUUUGUGACUUAUAUGUUGUACUUCCCUCUGGUCACUGCUGUGUGGCUACUUCACUGUUUUGCUGAUGCUAGGCCAACAUACAUUGAAACCAUUGAGUUAGCUGAGAAACCUUGUCCAGAAGGUACAGCAUCGUUCCUGUCAAAAAUCACCUUCUCAUGGUUUGAUGGCAUGGCUUGGCUUGGUUGGAGACGACCUGUCACUGUGAAUGACUUGUGGAACCUCAAUGAAGAGGACCUUUCCAAGAACAUUGUCCCAGAAUUUGACAAGCAUUGGAGGGUCUCUUUGCUCAAGACACAAAACCAAGCAUCCUCAAGGCUGUCACAAAGUUCAAGAAAGGAUUCAAAGGCAUCGUGGAAGAAAGAUUCAGCAGGAGUUGAGUUUGUGAGUCCAAGAAAAAAGGCCCAGGCAUCAAUCUUGGCUGCCUUAUGCAAGACCUUUGGUGGCACAUUUUUGAGUGGUGCUUGUCUCAAGCUCAUGUCUGAUGUUUCCACAUUUAUUGGGCCCCUCCUGCUUGACCUGCUCAUAUCCUUUGUGAAGACCAGUGAUGACAUGUGGAAGGGCUACAUGUAUGCUGUUGCCAUGGUGCUUGUGGCUAUCCUCCAAUCUUUAUUUCUUGGUGCAUAUUUUCACAAAAUGUUCCUCAUAGGCAUGAGAGUCCGAACAGCUGUCAUUGCAGCUGUCUACAAGAAGGCACUCCGUCUCUCUAAUGCAGCACGAAAAGAAACCACAGUUGGAGAGAUUGUGAACUUAAUGUCAGUUGAUGCCCAGAGAUUCAUGGAUUUGGCACCUUACUUGAACAUGAUUUGGUCAGCUCCUCUGCAAAUAGCCAUUGCUCUAUAUCUUCUCUGGGCUCAGCUUGGUCCAUCUGUGCUGGCUGGGCUGGCCAUCAUGGUAAUCAUGAUCCCCAUCAAUGGAGUGAUUGCUGCCAAGACAAAGAAGCUCCAGGUGAAGCAGAUGACACAGAAAGAUCAGCGUGUGAAACUCAUGAGUGAAAUCUUGAAUGGGAUCAAGGUCUUGAAGUUGUAUGCUUGGGAGCCUUCUUUUCAAGAUCAGGUUCUGAAAAUUCGUGACAAGGAAGUCCAUGUUCUCAAGCAGGCUGCUUAUUUGAAUGCUGGGACCUCAUUUCUUUGGACUUGUGCACCAUUCUUGGUAUCCGUAGCCUCAUUUGCCACUUAUGUACUCAUCGAUGAGAACAACGUCCUGGAUGCAUCCAAAGCCUUUGUAUCUCUGAGCCUGUUCAAUAUCCUCCGCAUGCCACUCAGUUUCUUGCCUUUCCUCAUUGUCGGCCUUGUUCAGGUGGCGGUGGCCAGCUUUGCUGCUUAUGUCCUUUCUGAUGAAUCUCAUACACUUACUCCCACCAAAGCUUUUGUUUCCAUUGCGCUUUUCAACAUCCUUCGAAUGCCUCUUUCCUUCCUCCCCAUGCUCAUCAUGAUGAUUGUCCAGGUCACAUUUGCAUCUGUAGGCUGUUAUGUUCUAGUAUCAGAGGAAAAUACACUGACUCCUCAACGUGCCUUUGUUACUGUUGCUCUCUUUGGGAUCCUCCGCAUCCCUAUGAUGCUUCUCCCCAUCAUUACAGUUUUCUUCGUCCAGUUGAGGUAUAGUGCAGAGAAAAAGCAUGUUUUUCGUCAAUCACGAAUCUUCCAUGAUUCAGAGGAUCCAGUGGUAGUUGAGAAUGGGACUUUCUCAUGGGGACCAGAUGAUCCUCCUGUUCUGAGGGACAUCAACAUUCGAAUACCAUCACACAAGCUAGUUGCCAUUGUGGGACAGGUUGGUUCUGGGAAGUCCUCAUUCCUCUCAUCUUGUUUGGGAGAAAUGGAGAAGCUGUCUGGCAAGGUCAAUACAAAAGGGUCCGUAGCAUAUGUCCCCCAGCAAGCAUGGAUUCAGAAUUCAUCCCUCAAGAAUAACAUCACUUUUGGCAAGGCAUUUUCAAAAGAUUUCUAUCAGAAAGUAGUGUCUUCGUGUGCCCUUGAGCCUGACCUCUCUAUCUUGCCUGCUGGAGACUUGACAGAAAUAGGGGAAAAGGGCAUAAAUCUGAGUGGAGGACAGAAACAAAGAGUUAAUUUGGCCAGGGCAGUCUAUACUGAUGCUGAUAUUUAUCUCAUGGAUGACCCUCUGAGUGCUGUUGACAGUCAUGUUGGAAAGCACAUCUUCCAGCAAGUGAUUGGGCCUAAGGGACUGCUCAGGAACAAAACACGAGUGUUGGUAACACAUGGGGUAGCUCAUCUUCCCCAUACUGACAUGAUCAUCAUGAUGAAGGAUGGAGAAGUCAUUGAGGCUGGGAGCUAUCAGGAGUUGAUAGAGAAGAAAGGAUCCUUCUUUGAUUUUAUCAUCCAAUUCCUCAUCCAGGAAGAAGGGGAAGAAGUUGAUGAAGAAAAAGAGGAGAUCAAAGAGCUCAAGCAUACUCUGGAAAGUGCUGUGGGAAAGGAGGCUCUGAUGCAACAGGUCUCCAGGCAGAGAUCUCAUAUCUCUGAGUGUGAGUCUACAUCCACUGACCCCAACCGCAUCAGACGUCGAACAAGAUUUGACUCCCCUUGUGCUAUUGAUCAUUCUAUUGAUGUUCAUAGCACAAUAUCUGAUGGAUCUGUGGAAGGGAAGAGGAGCCUUGCUGAUGUGAAGCUGCCUGAAAAAGAGAAAGAGGUGGAGGCACAACUGAAGUCAAGCAUUGGAGAGAAAUUGAUUGAAAAAGAAACUACAGAAACAGGAAAGGUAAAGAUGGCUGUGUAUAUGCACUACAUGCGAUCCAUUGGACUCCCUCUUUCCCUGAUGACCUUAGUGAUGUAUACCUUGAGCCAAGGCUUCUCAGUUGGAUCCAAUGUGUGGCUUUCAGUCUGGUCAAAUGAUGUCUCCUUUAACAGCACUCAGGAUCCUUCUGACAGGGACAUGUAUCUUGGAAUUUAUGGUGCCUUAGGAAUUGCACAGGCAUUGAGCAUCUUGAUUGGGUCACUGGGAAUGGCCCUGGGAACGCUAUUGGCAUCAGCCUUCCUUCAUAAGUCCAUCCUAAACAACAUAUUGAAAGGACCGAUGUCCUUUUUUGAAACAACGCCCACUGGUAGGAUUGUGAACCGCUUCUCCAAAGAUGUCGAUACCCUGGAUGUCACUCUUCCCAUGAUGCUCCGAUCCUGGCUAUUUUGCUUCCUUCAGACACUUCUCAUUCAUGUCUUGCAAAAUCCUGUGUCAUUCUUUGAAUCCACUCCCACGGGACGCAUUGUGAACCGGUUUUCCAAGGAUAUUGAUGCUAUUGACAACACCCUGCCUGCUACCAUUAGAACAUGGCUCUGGUGCCUUUAUGCGGAGCAUCAAUUAGCUGCCGUGGAAGCUUGUAAAGAGUCUCUAAAUUCACUCUUUGCAGUUUUUCCUGAAUAUUCUUUGUUCUCUGUAGCUGCCAUGUAUGCAACUGGAUCAGCAAUGCUCUAUUCCCUGUCAUGCAAAGCUUCCUGGCAUUUGCACAAUCACCUCCUGGACCAUGUAUUGAGGAAUCCCCAAGGAUUCUUUGAUGCCAAUCCGGUGGGAAGAAUUUUAAACCGAUUUUCCCAAGAUGUUGCAACUUUGGACCAGAAAAUACCCUGGUACAUGGAAGAUUUGUUAAUCUGCUUUCUUGAGGUAAAUGAAGCCAUUUUCUCAAUGCAGGGGAUUCUCUGUCUGCAAUGUGGAGGACUAGAAAGCAGCAGUGAUAACUCAGAAGGGAAUUGUGUGCAAAGCAUAGAAGUGAGUGAAAGCUCUAAUGAAGUGUCUGAAAACCCAUCAAGUGUUGCUGGAAAUGAAACCCAGGCAAGAGAGCAUGUGAUUGCUACAUUGGUGGUGAACAGCUUCAGCACACCACUCUUUUUGGCUGUCAUCCUCCCCAUUGGAGCAUUCUACUAUUUCAUCCAGCAUGUAUAUGUUGCCACUUCAAGGCAAUUGAAACGAUUGGAGUCAGUGAGUCGCUCACCCAUAUAUUCUCACUUUGGUGAGACUAUCACUGGUGCUUCAACAAUCAGGGCCUAUGACAGAGAAAAACAAUUCAUCCUUGAAUCAGAACAAAAAGUGGACGAGAAUCAAAUCUGCUUCUAUCCAAGUGUUAUUGCCAACAGAUGGUUGGCAAUACGAUUGGAGUUUGUUGGAACUCUCAUGGUCUUCUUUGCAUCCCUUUUUGCUGUUCUUGGGAGGGAUACUCUUAGUGCUGGAGUGGUUGGCCUUUCAGUCAGCUAUGCUAUGUCUGUGAGUCUACCCAAUGACUCUCCAGUCAAAUACCAAUAUAAUAUCCUGACUUUUUCACAUUUUUUUCAGCCUGUGACGCAAACUUUAAAUUGGCUGGUCCGCAUGACAUCUGAUGUGGAAACAAACAUAGUGGCAGUGGAGAGAAUAAAGGAAUACUGUGAAACACCUGUUGAGGCACCUUGGGAAAUCAGUGAGAAAAAACCAAAAAAGGAUUGGCCAACAGAAGGAAACAUUACUUUCAAGGAUUACCAGACUCGAUAUCGGGAAGGUUUGGAACUUGUUCUCAAGGGUAUAUCCUUGGAUAUCAAAGGAGGAGAGAAGGUUGGCAUUGUGGGUCGAACUGGUGCUGGAAAGUCUUCCCUCAUGUUGGGAUUAUUCCGUAUUAUUGAGGGAGCUGGUGGAAGGAUCAUAAUUGAUGAUGUUGACAUUAGUGAGAUUGGUCUUCAUGAUCUCCGCUCUCAACUCACCAUAAUCCCACAAGAUCCAGUAUUAUUCUCAGGGAGCCUGCGCAUGAACCUGGAUCCAUUUGAGAAGCACACAGAUGAAGAAGUAUGGAAGGCUCUUGAAUUGUCUCACCUGAAGUCCUUUGUCAAAGGACUCUCACAGGGAUUGCAACAUCCUGUUUCUGAAGGGGGAGAAAACCUAAGUGUUGGACAGCGCCAGCUGAUUUGCUUGGCAAGAGCACUCUUAAGAAAGACCAAAGUCCUUGUUCUUGAUGAAGCCACUGCUGCUGUGGAUCUUGAAACAGAUGAACUCAUCCAGAAAACAAUCAGAACUGAAUUCUCCACUUGCACAGUCCUCACUAUCGCCCAUCGCAUCAAUACCAUUAUGGAUUAUGACAAGGUAAUGGUCCUGGACAAUGGAGAGAUCAAAGAAUUUGAUGCACCAAAUGUAUUGCUGCAGCAGCCGGAAUCAGUGUUUGCUUCAUUGACAAAAGAUGCAGGCAUUAGUGCCUGAUCAAUUCAUUCCAGUCCUGCAGCUCAUUCAUUAUGUUUCAAGUUGUUAUUCUCAGCUGUAUUUCUGAAAUCAGCAUCUGCAGAAAUUCUUCAAACAGCUCAAUUGUUUCCUCUGGAGGAAUGGACUUGAACCACUCAGUGGCAUACCAGUGCAAGAAAACUAUACCAAAGUUUAUUGUUGCCUUGCAUUGAAUGUAUUUUGCUAUUGUAAGGACACCACUUGCCUCUUGUUUGAAUACAUUAGGCCUUAUUCUUCAUCAGGCAAAGCUGUCAGCUCUCCUUUUAACAAAACGAGUUGGUUUGUUUGCUUUUUUUUUGUAAAUUGAGAGUUGGUUGGCUCAUAAUGUCAAUUUUUCUGUUGCACUGAGUCUUGAUCUCAUCCUUUUUCUGAAAAAGACAUAGUCAAGACUGUUGGCAAGUACAUGAUAAUUUGUGGGCCAAAUCAUGGAAUAAAGAAAUUCAGUGAACAUA